GCUAAUCUCUGACUUCUCCGACCGUUAAUUCUCGACAGCAACACAAUAAUAUCUCAGGCUCCACCCCCGAUUAACCCAUCGCAAUCUCAGCUGUGGUUCGACUUCAGGCUAAAAGCUCGCGCUACUUUACGUCAUGAAGGCUGACGUGGUUCAAAGGCCAGGCUUUGGGUGUGGUCUGUUCAUUUUCGAACUGUGAAUGUGUACGAAAGGUGGCCUGUAUCGUGAUCAUCUCUCGAUGAUUACGUGUGGUGAUGGGGGGCAGUUAUAAUCGUAUGAUGGGAGUUGCGUCAAUACCUCAGAAUCAACAUCAUGAUUCCUCGUUCUUGAAGUUUGUUCAGUGCUGAUAAGGAACUCCGCUAAUAGUUGCUCAACUUUAGUCCCUCCUUUUCCCCCGCCAACUCACCGUCUAUCCUCAGCGCCGCUCUUUACUUUUCUGUCCUUUCAUCCCCAAUGGCCGAUUACUCAAGCGAUAAACUAUUAGGAGCUUCCUUGAUCGGGUAUGCAGUGUCUUGCGUAUUUCUCGGCGCAUUCUUAGGGCAGGUCGUACGGUACUGGAACCGCUAUCAAGACGACACGACCUUCUAUAAAAUUCUUGUAUCUGUCAUAGGGAUUCUAGAGCUUGCCCAUCAGGCAUUCAUCUCCCAUACACUAUACUACUACACGAUUUUGAAAUCUAGCGACCUUAUGGUGCUAUUAAACACCAAACCGCCCUGGACCUCGAUUAUUCAGAUUAUGAUUGGUGCUAUCAUCUCAAUGAUAGUCAAGAUGUGCUUCAGCCUUCGGGUCUGGAGAUUUAGCAAGCAGAACAAACUCGCAACCCUUAUCAUCGUCGUCUUUGUUCUCGCUGAGGCUAAUACAUUUGUGUUCACAGUUUUCGUUAUACGACUGUUUAAACUUCAAUCACUUCAAUUUAUUUGGCAAAUGAAGACCAUCGGCAGCCUUGCACUCGGUUGUGGAGUUGCUGCGGAUGUGGCCAUUGCAGCCGUACUAUGGUACUAUCUACGAAAGCUCAAAGCUGGAUGCCAGAGCGCAACAACGGUCGUUACCAAAAUCAGUAUAUACGCUGUGAGCACUGGUGCAGUGACCAGUGCGGCCGGCCUCGCAACGCUUCUCUCCUUCUACCUGAUGCCAAACUUUAUAUUCGUCGCUGUGUUCUUUGUUCUGAGCAAACUCUAUGGGAUUUCUUUUCUUGCAGCGCUAAAUACAAGGCACAUUCUAUUUCCCAACGAGAACGUCGUCUAUAAUCGUGACAGCGAAUUUCAAGUAUCCGAUUCUUUCACCCCUAUCCCUCCUAAUACGCGACGCUUCUCGCGUGUUCAUCGGCAGUCCCGUUCUCGGUGGAGAGAAAGAUCCAUGAACCUACCGAACAACUCGAGGACAUUCGUCUCAUUGGAACCCAGUAUCCGCUUUUACCCUGAUAACAGCACCAGUGCUUUGGGGUCGAGUGAUCUGGCUUGUGGGAGCAGGUUCUCGGUGGCGUCGACUUGAUGAAUCACAUUCGCACUUGCCUAUCAAACGAGUUAACUGGAUUUGUAAGUACUUCGUACUACCGUUAGUGUAUUUUUCGAAGAACAGCCGAGGGACUCAAGUACUCAAGUACUCAUGUGUGUCUUGUUUAAAUUAAAUUAUCUGUUCGCUC